CAAAAUGAGAUUAUUGCCUUGUCUAACGACUCUACUUCUCACGAUAUCAACUGUAAACUCGAAAUUUGUCACAGAUUGCACGAAUGUUGGAGACGGAAUGUACCCUCUGGGUGCCUGUGAACCGAGAUUCCUAGCUUGCGUCAGCGGCGAGGCUCGAUAUAUGGACUGCCCGGAGGAUCUGGUUUAUCACAAAAAUCUGGAGUUUUGUGAUUGGAGGCACAAUGUGUUUGAAUGUGGAGAGGAAGGAGAAGAAAACGAGUUUUCUGGUGAUGGUUCCGGUGAAAGCUCAGGAGACGAAGAAAUCACAUUUGGCGAUUCGUCGGGAGAAUCUUCUGGCGACGAGCUGCUAGAAAAUGUGUGCGAGAGUCUCAAAGAUGGCGUCUACUCCUCCGGCACUUGCAGUAGCUCCUAUAUUAUUUGCAACUCCGGCUCACCUCGAUUCCUCAGCUGCUCAACACCUCUUAUCUACGAUCCAACCAAUAAAAAGUGUUCAUGGAAAGGAAUGAUUGAUGAAUGUUCUCAAGUAUCAGGAGAAUAUUGUGAAUCCGAUGGAAAUAUCUCAAAGUCCGAGUGCUCCAAUGUUUUCUUCUCGUGUUCUGAAGGCAUCGCUCACCGUAGAAAUUGCCCGGCGAAUCUUGUCUUCAAUCCAGCGAUUUCCUCUUGUGAUUGGCCAAAAAAUGUGAUGGAUUGUUCUGAAAAAUCUGAAAAGCCACAAAACUGCGGCGAAGUCGACGGAUAUUUCUCAUUUGGCAGAUGCUCUUCAUCAUUUUCAGCCUGUACAAAUGGCAUUCCAAUUGUCAUGUUUUGUCCAGAUGGGCUAAUGUUUUCCGAGAAAAAUCAAAUGUGUGACUAUGAAUGGAACGUUGACGAGUGUGACUUGGAAUCAUCUGGAUUUAUGGAAAACUACAAAGCCAGUGAAGCCUUAACGCCCUGCACAAAUAUGGACAAUGGUCUCUAUGCUCUCGAUUGUACCCCGCGAGUUCUAUCGUGUCAAAAUGGACGAGAGAAUAUUUUUGAGUGCCCACCGAGUCUGGUUUUCAAUGAGAAUUCUUUGAUAUGUGACUACCCGGAGACUUCUCUGAAAUGCUGCAUGGAAGACGCAUUGCUCAUUCGUGAUGCCUCCAUUGGAACAUACGACUGCUCCAUCGACGGGCUCUUCUCAAGUACUUUAUGCUCCCGUAACUACCACAAAUGCUCCAACGGCCAGCUCAUCCCACACGAAUGUGCUGAUUCGAAUGCUGUUUUCUCUGCAAGUGCUGCCAAAUGCGUGGAUUCUUCACUUCUAGAGCAAUGCCAAUAAUCUGAUUAUAGCUGUAUAUACUAACCCUUUGCUGAAAAAUAUAUUGCAUUUUAAAUUUUGUCUUGAAAAUAUUUUUUAAAUUGUGAAUUUUAUACAAAAAUAAAUCUUUGCUGUUUUC